CUACUGAAGAAUGGCUUCAAGAGUUGGCGAUGCCUUCUUCUUUCUCUCUUUGCUCCCUCUCUACACUGCUCUCUGCAUUUUCUCUCUCUAGAACUCCCAUACGCAUCACCUUUCUCUCUCUCUCUCUCUGUCUGUAUAUCGGUCGCUCUCUUGUCAGCUAAGCUGCCUCAAUCCUCAACUAAUCUCCACUUCCAUGGCCUCCUAAUUCCUUCAUUUAUUACACUCCUUUUUGUCCAUACUGUAUUUAUGCGUCUUUCUUCAUCGCAUUGCGUUACCAGUAGGUGCGUAGAAAUCUAGAGGGGGAAGUGAAGACUGAAGAGAUGCCGCUGGUGAGAGUUGGCGUGAGGAAUGAGUUCUCGCUGGGGGCGACGGAGUUGUACAGGGAGGCCGACAAGGAGGAUCCGAAGGCGGUGCUCGACGGCGUCGCCGUCUCUGGACUCGUCGGCAUCUUGCGCCAGCUCGGCGAUCUUGCUGAAUUUGCAGCAGAGGUCUUUCAUGGUUUGCAGGAGCAAGUUACGAUUACGUCCUCUAGAAGCCAUAAGCUGAUGGCUCGUGUGCAACGUAUUGAAACUGCACUUCCUUCACUUGAGAAAUCAAUACUAGCGCAACAAAGUCACUUGCAUUUUGCUUACACAGCUGGUUCCAAUUGGCAUACUCGUAUUCAUUGUGAAGAAAACCAUUUUAUAUACAGUGAUUUGCCCAGGUUCAUUAUGGAUUCCUAUGAAGAAUGCCAUGGGCCCCCACGCUUGCACCUGCUAGACAAAUUUGAUGCUGGUGGUCCUGGAUCUUGCUUAAAAAGGUACUCUGAUCCAACUUUCUUUAAGAGAGCAUCCGCUGGUUCUGAUGAAGCAUAUCUUGAGAAAGUCCUAAAAGAUAAGAAAGGUCGAAAAAUUAAGAAAAAGAGAUCGUGGCAAAAGAACAGAGAAGUAUCACGUGGUGCAUCAUCAUUAUCCAAUUAUAGUAGCAGAAUGGAAUCACGAAAGUUUGAUGGACAAACUUCCCCUUCCCAGAGAAUAUCAACUAAUGGUGAAGCCAUGUUAAAAUCUGACCUUCAGGAGCUGUCACAUUCUUUUGAUUCUAUAUAUGGAUCUGCACGUGAAGAAGGUGUUUCAUGCCCAAGUUCUUUGAUGCACCCUGAUGAAGACAAAGCUAAGGAGAUGUCAUCUCUGUUAAAGAGUCACCAUGAUGAUUCCUUAGACUACUGCUCUUUUGAUGAGAAAAGUGGUGAUAAUAGUGUCAGUAUUAGUUUAUCACAAGAGCAAAGUGACCAUUUAUCAUCUCAUGCCACAUGGAAUAAGCAGGGACAACCUGAAGAAGACGAUUCUAGACAGUCAUUCUCUAAUUCAUUACAGAUGUACUCCAAUGGUUCCCUUGAUUCUGCUCAUCCUGAUGAAAAAAGUGAUGUAUAUGGUGAUAUUAGUAAUGGCUAUUCAGAGGAACACAAUAGUGCCACAUGGAACGGAAAGACACAACCUGAAGAGGAUGAGUCUAGACUGUCAUUCUCUGCUCCAUUACAUUCCAAUGGUUCCCUUGAUUAUGAUAUUCCUGAUAAAAACAACAAUGGGGAUGCAUGUGUUGAUGUUGGGAAUGGCUUAUCAGAGGAACACAAUGCCUACAUUUUAUAUUCUGUUACUCGGGAUGAUAAUGCAAGACCUUUUGAGCUGGCGUCCAAAGAAUCCUUAUUUUCCCCAUCACAGACGAAUCAAGACAAUGGUAUUGAUGUUGCUUCCCCAGAUGAAAAGAUUUGGGUUGUAUCUGAUGAAACUGGAAGUGAUUUCUCUCAGAACCAAACAUGUUCCAGUCCAUCUUUCACUACUUUGCAUAGAAAGAUGGACACAUUGGAAACUACCCCACAGAAGUGUGAUGAUGUUGAGAAUGUAGAAACACAUUCUGCAAAUGUAUGUGCAGAUGCUAAGAUAACAGCUGCUGUUACUCUUAACUCUGUUGAGCAAAUAGAUAUUCUAUUGGAGAGGAAGAAUAAGGAAGAUACUACUGAUUUUGGUUCCCAAGAUGAUAACAUUUGGGUUGUAUCUAAUGAAACUGGAAGCAAUUUCUCUCAGAAGCAAACUUGUCCCUAUCCAUCUUGCAGUACUUGGGAUAGAAUGAUAGACACAUUGGAAACUACCCCACAGAAGUGUAAUGGUGAUGAAAAUUUAGAAACACAUUCUGAAAAUGCAGGUAAAGAUGCUGAGAUAACAGCUGCUGUUACAGUUGACACUGGUGAUCAAAUAGACUUGCUUUUGGAGAAAAUGAAUCAGAGAGAUUCCGUUGAUUUUGCUUCCCCAGAUGAAAAGAGUUGGGUUGUAUCUGAUGAAAUUGGAAGUGAUUUCUCUCAGAAACAAACUUGUCCCAUUCCGUCGUGCAGUACUUCGGAUAGAGAGAUGGACACAUUGGAAAUUAUCCGCCAGAAGUGUAAUGGCAAUGAAAAUUUAGAAACACGUUCUGCAAAUGUAGGUACAGAUGCUCAGAUAAGAGCAGCUGUUCCUCGUGGCACUGUUGGGCAAAUAGUUUGGCUGCUGGAAAAUAAAAAAAUGCAAAUGUCAAACUAUGAUGAUGUCCCAUUUGAUGACAUUGACAGUGAAACUGACAAUUUUGUGGAUGCACUUAACACCAUUGAGUCUGAAUCUGAAAGUGAUUUAGAUUGUCAAACAAGAAAACAGUUGGAUCUAGACUCUUAUUUGAAGACCAAGGUAGUAGAGGAUGCUAUGCCUGAAGUCAUAGCUAAGUAUGCUGAUAGCCUCUCGCCUAAUUUGACAUCUGAAGCUGGUGAAAUUCCUGCUGGAAAAGAUAUUUUUGGGGAUUACUCUAGUGCAGUGCCCAGCGAUCAUGAUUCUGCAGCUUGCGUUUCCUUGGACAAGGUAACAUGUGAAGAUGCUUUCCACUUGAACACCUCAGAAUGUAAUGCCCACUUAGAGUCUCCACAGGUAUCUAAAGGAACUGUAAAAUCGGUACUUGCACAUGGUAAUUUAAAUGAAAAUGGUGAUGUUCUUGAGACGACAGAUGUAGAAUCAGUUAGCAAGUUGUCAUCAUCAGUCUCUAGGGAGAAUGGUGCAGGAGUGAUCAAUAAGGUCAUAUGCCCUGAGCCUCCAAAACCUCCCCCUGAACCUUCUGGUGUCACGUCAGUAAAGUUUUGGACAAAUGGUGGCUUGCUAGGACUUGAGCCCUCAAAACCUCCGGACAGUGUAUUAAAAGCUGUUAGUCAAGUUUCUACAACGACUCAAGAUGAUACAAUUGGCACUCCAAGACAAAAUAAUGGUCCUGUGGAUGAAAAGCAUGCCAGAACAUGUGUGACAGAGAAUGGCCUAAAAAAUAGGGAAGAAAGUCAACACUCUAUGAGGUACCAUGAUAAUCAAGAUGGUGGUGUCUUUGUUACGAAAACAUCCUCAAGAUAUUCAUCAGUUGAUUUAGAUGCCAGAGUAGAGAAAUCAAAUCACUCAUGUCAUCCGAACAACAUAAACAGUCCCCCAGAUAGUCAUUUUAAUGAGUCUGAUACAGUGCCAUCCGGAACUGUACUACCAGUUGCUCCUGAUUCCCUACGUACUAGCAUUGGUCAAGAGAAUGUUAAUAAUUCAUCUAGGAUACUUACACUUGGAAAUAGAUUGCUUGUAAAUGGUUUUCAGCGGAAAUUAUCACUUGGUUGGGAGAACAACUCCAAUUCUGCCAGCUCCAUGACUUCCGGGGUUUCAGAACAGAAGAAUCACUGUGAAAAUGUUACAGCUAGAACAUUCUCUCAGAAGACUAUUGAUCUUUCUGGAACUGGCUCUCCAAUUAUGUCACCCUCUUGGUCACCACCCCUUGGGCAUAUGAAAAUAUCUUUCCAGCCUGUAGAUGGCUUUGAGACUCAUAAGUUGAAACUCAGAUUUCCUGAUAGGGGCACAAGGCAAGAAAGUGGCAGUGAUAUGUUUCCAUCCUUCCAGCUGGUACCUGAUGCUGCUAUUCCCUUGCAUGACAUGAGUUCAGACUCCGAUAAUGACACAUUUUGCAGAUCAUCUCCCUACGCAUCGGAUGAUUGUCUCAGUCAUCAGUCAGAAUCAAACUCAGAGCAGUGGGAAUCUGGUGAAUCUUCCAGUACAAAGGACCAUGAAGUAUAUGAUGCUUUACGGAGAAUCUCAUUAACAGAGUCUACUUCAACAUCAUUUGAUAAUAGGCUAAUCACCCAGGAGGAACUAUAUGAUAGUGGUGGAGGUCAAAUACCAUUUUCCGAACAUGGCUUUGAACAAUCACCAUCUGGUUAUUUUUAUGACCUCCCUAUUCUGGAGACACUUAGACCUCCAGUUAAGCAAGAAUCAGGAAAUUGUUCCACCUCACAAUCUCUUCUACAACGACAUUCCCCAAAGCAACCUAUGCCACCACCUCCAUCCGUCCCACCACAGAGAUGGCAGCCUAUGAGAUCAGUUUCUGAUCUGACAGAUGGUAGGGAAGGUUCUUUACCUGAAGGCCUUAAUUACACAGUUGAUAAGAAACUUCAGGCAGCUACAAUCUUGCAUCAACCUAAGCCUGCCCCGCUUAAUCAGGAUCAAGUUAUUGAGCCUGCAUUUGGAUUGAAAAGCAAGAGGUUGGACCUGCAACAGAUUGAUGUGCGAAGAGUAGCCUCUCUGCCUGCAAAAGGAAAGGAAAUGGAAGAGAAGGAAGACUUCCUACACCAGAUCAGAACAAAGUCAUUCAAUCUCAGACCAACGGUUACCGCAAAACAAACCCAAGCAACUGGGCUUCCAACAAGUGUGAGUGCAAUUCUGGAGAAGGCAAACGCAAUCCGUCAGGUUGUUGGAAGUGAUGGAGAAGACGAUAAUUGGAGUGAUACUUAAAAUCUUCUUCCGGCAUGAUCCUGUGAAUUCUCCACAGAGCCUCCGUGUAGCUUUAGUGUCCAGAGUUAGGUGAGCCUAUGUAAUACACAUGGGAAUAAGCAGUUCUUUGUAAUUAUAUUUGUAGGAUUAUUUGUUUUUAUGCUGCUGAGGUAUUUCAUCUUCAUCCUUGUAGUCCUAUGUUGUAAACAUAUGAGUUCAGUUCAAGUGUGCCGAGUCAAGGCUGCACUUUGGUCCGUUCAUUUAUAUUGCAAAGCAAUUUCUUUCCUUUACAUUUAAUAAUCAAUGCGUUUUUCUUGAGUCUUA